CUACAUGUAGGGAUAUUUUUCAACGUCGUUUUCUUACGUCCUACAGUUUUUCACUUUACAGCUUCAUAUCCAAAAGAAACACAAUCAAUUAUUUUUUCAUUACAAUGUCAGUUCAAUUUCAUUCCACAUAGGCAUAGACAUUUUCUUUUUCUCUGAAUUAGAGGCAACAUGUUGUUAAGUUUGUUAGGAACAAGAAUAAGAAAAUGAAUAGCGUGAAAUUCAGCCUCUACCCUGAAUAAUAGGAUACUCGAGAGUUGACCUAUUUACCUGUCAAAGGCGCCCAGACCAUUUUGUUAUACUGCUCUACCACCAAUCACACAUGGUACCCUAUUUUUGUGUUGAGGAGUGAAUACAAUGCCAGAUUUAGAUAAUUUGGUUAGCUGGUACAUUGCAAUUUUAGGCUCUGCAUUGUUGAAAGUUACCAACCUUGAAUAUUCUACUCUGUCAAGUAACACCUCAAUAUACUUAUGCAGUUAUCCUAAGUUGUAACAACACUUCUUAGUUUUGAUGGAUCCUAAAUUUGCAAUUUCAGCACUGCAUUUUUUUUCUAUUAAUGAGAGAAAAUAACUGCAAACACAGAGUGUACAAGACCCUUUUGGUUAAUUUAGUUGCUACACCAAAUUUAGUUGCCCUUUAAAAUCAAACCUCAGAAUUCUCGACGUUUCCAUCUUUAAUUUCUUGAUCUCAACAACAACAAUCCCAUCUCUGCACUUGGACUCUUCAUUGCAAAUACACUUUUUUCUUUCUCUCUCUGCAAUGGGGGGUGCCAAUUCAAAAAUAAAGCUUAAUUCAGGUACAGUUCGCAGGUUCGAAGAGUUUAAAAAACGUAGAAACGCAACCAAGCUUCAAGCUGAGAAGGAGCUGUUGAAGGAUGGUGGGAAUAGGGAUAACAAUUCUCAAUCUUCUAACGGAACCAAACCACCGGCCGAGGAGGUUUCCACCAAAGAGGAAUUGCCGGUGCGGGAGCUAACCGCAGAGAAGCCAUCGAGAGUGGUUCCAUUGCCCACUUCUACAGCUAAACAUGAAUCUGUAGAGGGGAGAGACGUAGAGAAGGAUAGCAAGCACAAUCAUCACCAUAACCAAGAGAAAGUGGACGAUAGCAAUGAGAGCAAGGUAGAACAGGAUAACAAGCACAAGGAUCAUUAUGGCCAAGAAAAAGUGGAAGAAUUUCAAGAGAACGUAAAGCAGGAUGAGAAACAUAACAAUCAUGAUGGACAAGAGAAAGUGAAAGCUUCUCAAGAAAGCAACUUGAAGAAGGAUGACAAACACAAUGAUCAUGAUGAUGGCAAAGAAAAAGUGAGUCAUGUUAUUGAAAAGGCUUUGGAAGAUAUUGAAAUACAGAAAGGACAGACUGAAGAAACAAAGGAAGACGAUGAGGUAUUUGUAGAUGCAAAGGGAAGUAUUGAUGUAAAUGAACAGCGUGAAGAAUUUGGCAUAUUUCUACCAGGAUCUCCAAGCUUCAGAAUAUAUUGCAUUGAGGCCAAUAAGGCAAAAGUAGAACAAGAAGAAUUAUUAUCAUUAGAAGAAGAAGAAGAUCAUGAUGAGGACGAUGAAGAGGAAGAAGAAGAAGAGGAAGAAGAAGGAGGUGAGAAGCAUAGCAUUGCUGCCAUGCACCAGAAGGCGCACAGCACUGACAGUGUAAUAAGGCCGCCAUCGGAGUCAGGCUCGGAUAAAUCUGCAAGCUUAACCUCUGACAGCUUAAAUUCUGAAACUCCGAUUGCUAAACCUGGAAAAGAACCAAGGACAAAGAGAAAAGGGAAAAAGGCAAAGAAGUUUGGGGCUGGGAAUGUGAAGAGAUUGUUCAAGGUUAAGUCAUGUUACUAUCCAACGUGUUCAUGUGCUGGUAUCGAUGACAGGAGGCGUAUGGUUGCUCCUCCAAGACCACACAACUGAUUACGAUACUAGGUACAUGUUAGAAAGAAUGAAGACACCAUCACCUGACCCUAAAUUAUGUUAGAACUUGUCAAUUCCCACCUUCUAAUACCAUCAACCAGGUCUAGUCAACUGCUACUACUUCUAGACUUUAUGUAACUACAUCUAAGUUUUCUCUGCUACCAAUUUAUUCUGUUAUCUGGUGGAAUAGAGAAUUUGAAGAAAUAGAUGAAAACUUCACCUAUGUAUAUGGCAUCGCCUAUAGCUUAUGUCAUCAUGAUGUAUUAAUAUGUAUUAAUACCAAAUAAAACGAGUCCAGAAAAGUACACAAACUAUAAUGUUCGCUGCUA